AUGAAGAAAAUUGGUAAUGAAGGUGCAUCAGGCUUAAAUUCUGCUUUAGCGAAUUGCAUUAAUCUCUCAAAUUUGACACUUAAUCUUUGUUUUAAUUAAAUUGGUGAAGUUGGUGCAUCAGGCUUAGGUUCUGCUUUAGCAAAUUGCAUUAAUCUCUCAAAUUUGACACUUGACCUUGAUCGAAAUUAAAUUGGUGCAAUUGGUGCAUCAGGCUUAGGUUCUGCUUUAGCAAAUUGCAUUAAUCUCUCAAAUUUGACACUUAGCCUUUCGUAAAAACAGUUUAUUUGUUUUGGAUUGUGA